AUGCGUACUUCAUCCGAUACUGAAGUCCAUCGACGCUGCAGCAGCUUUUAAACCUCAUUUUUUUAGAUGGAAGUGUGGCUCAUGAACUCUGCUGUAAACAGAGGAUUACUAACUUUUAACGGAGGUCUGGACACCAGGUCGUGGUUGUGAAAGAAGUGCUUCGAGGACUUUUGAAACCGCAGGAAGAUUAUGGUCGCUUGAGGACUCGAAUAACGACAGCGUUAACCACCAGCAGCACACACACACACACAGUAAGGAGACCAUGUGGUGGUUCCAGCAGGGUAUGAGCUUCUUGCCCGCCGCUCUGGUCAUCUGGACUGCAGCAUCCUUCAUCUUCGCCUACGUCACAGCGGUGAUACUGAAACAUGUGGAUCCUCUUGUGCCUUACAUCAGCGACACAGGAACGAUGGCGCCAGAGAGGUGUGUGUUUGGCAUCAUGCUGGAUGUGUCGGCAUUUUUGGGUAUGGCCACGGUGUACGUGCGUUACAAACAGGUGGAGGCUCUGGUAGGUGAGAACGAGGUCAAACUCCACAGACUGAACCGCUUCGGGCUGGCGCUGGGCUGGAUCAGCUCCUUCGGGAUGUGCGUGGUCGCCAACUUCCAAAAGACCACGCUGUUCUCCAUGCACCUGGUUGGGGCGAUACUGACCUUCGGGGUCGGGGCUCUCUACAUCCUGGCUCAGACGCUGCUCUCACUCUACAUGCAGCCUCAAGUCCACAGCAAGACCAUCUACCUGAUCCGCCUCGGCAUUGGAGUCUGGACCCUGAGCAGCAUCAUCAGCAUGUUCGUAUCAUCAGUCAUCAUGUACACCAGUCUGCGAGGAGUCGAUGUACCUCACAAACUGCACUGGACUCCUGGAGAGACGGGCUACACUGCUCACAUCAUCAGCACCGUGUCUGAAUGGUCUCUGGCCUUCUCCUUCAUCAGCUUCUUCCUCACCUACAUCAGAGAUUUUCAGAAAAUUACUCUGCGGGCAGAAGCAGAUUUGCACAGCAGCCACCUGUAUGACUGGUCACUCGGUGGCGUCGCACCGUCACAUCGCCUCAAACCUGAAGCCUGCGAGUCCUCUCCACUGCUGGCGGGAGGGACAUGACCGGCAGCAGAGCGUCCUAAAUGAAGUGCUUUUACACCAAUUUACACUUUCUAAUCGUGUUUUAAAGGCUUUUUAUAGAGUUUCUUAAAGGUGGUGUGGUGGCUUUUAAAGGGUCAGUUCAGCCAAACAUAUUCUCUCUCUCUCUCUUCCCUGUUGUGGUGUCUCUCCAGUCAGUUUGGGUUUUAUUUGUCCAGGUUUGGAGAUAUCAGUCUCUGAGAAUUCUGCCUCCAUCCCAGUACGGUGGAGGCUAAGACAGAUAUCUCCACAGAUACCAUUAGAGGGAAGAGUUUUUUUUUUCUAUAAAACAUUGUUGUGAACUGAUCCCUUAAACCAAAAUAUGGCGCUUUGCACUUUUUCCCCUCAAACUGCAUCAGCCUGACUUUGUCCUCUUCAGGGCUGCACUUUGUAUCAUUUACACUUGCUGUUGAUUUUUAACUCUUCAAUGUUUUUACAAAGUUAUAAAUUACACACGCUCUUCUUGACAUGCUUGUGAAGAAACACAGAACAUACGGUAGAAAUAAGCACACAGGACAAUUUAGUAUUUUUUCUGACUUCAGUCACCAGUCUACUAUAACUUCGCUGCAUCAAACUCCUUUUUUUCAGGUUUUAGUUCGUCAGUAUACUGUAACUCCCCCUCCCUUGUUUGUUCUGGUUGGCAGGUGUCACACUGAUCAUAGCUCCCCCUGCUGGAGAAUCAGCAGCCUGAUAAAUGUGAGUCGGUGCUAACGAUGUGCCACCGGAAUAAUUAUACAUUUGGACAGUAUUUAAUUAUAAUCAAUCAAUAUAAUAAUCCUUUUUGGAAAAAGUAUUAGAAAAGUAUUCAAUUUUCAUUUCAAUAAAGUAAAAUAAUUAUAAAAAAAAGACACUAUUCCAUUUGUGAGUUAUUAAUUAUAUUUCCUUACUCAAUUAAUUGGUCACCACAAUUUAAAAAGGUAUUGCAACAUUAAGUUUAAAAGGCUUUUUUACUUAAUUUUUCCAUUUCCGUUAUGUGUCUGCUGAUUCUAUCUCACAGUUCGUUCGUCUGCUUCCGUUUCCUGCUCGCUUUAAAGGAUCCCUGUGAAGUUUUCUUGUGAACCAAGUGUCUGUUUAUACUCACUAUUUCUCACCAAAACACACCGUGUGUGUGUGCUUGAGGUCUAACAAACAUGUGGAAUGUUUUUUUUUCCUCAAAGCAUGUGUAGAGACAAUUUUUUAAAAUAGAGCUGCGACAAAUAGUUGAUCGACAAAAAAUUAAUUGGGCAACUAAUUUGAUAAAUAAUUUCAUUUCAUUAAUUUAAGUAAAAAUGCAAAUAUUUUCUGGUUUCUGCUCAAAUGUGAGAAUUUGAUGCCUUAUUUGUCGUAUAUAAGAACAAACUGAAUAUCUUUGACUUUGGGACAAAACAAGACGUUAGAAGACGUCACCUUGGAGUUCAGGAAAUUAAGAGCAUUAAAAGAGCAUUAAUGACCUUUCAAAGCGAUUAAUCAAUAACAUGAGCAGAUUAAUAAUUGUUAGUUGCAGCCCUAUUUUUAAAGCAUUGUUCAUGUCCACCUUUACUAGUUGUCAUCUUCUUCUCUGCCUUCUUAUCUUAUUGUGUGCAUGAAAACAAACUAAACAAGGAGCUGCUCAUAAAAACAUUAAUCUGUAGCGCCACAAGUAGUCAAAAACUCCACAGGGCACCUUUAAUCUAAAGACUGUUGAAUUUGUGUGACACGUCUUAAAAAUUAAAGAGAACCAUCUCUAAAUUAAAUCAAUCAGUGUUAAAUUGAACAAUUUCUCGAUUAUGAUUGGACAGUGUAUAAUUAUUCUGAUGGCGAACAUCUCUACAGUACCUGCUGGCAACUAACUGAGAACAUCUUUACAAAUAAACAUUAAUAUUUAAUCAAAAACAACAAACAAACUUGACUUCUAACCCUGACUGGUUGCUGUACAUCGUACUGUUUCAGGUCUCGGGUAUCUGUUGUACAUUAUUCAUGUGAAGACUAAUAAAGAUUUAUUUGUUGUUUGUAGA